AUGAAAGGAAUCAAUGCAGCCAUCGGUGGCGUCCUCGCCGCGAUCAUCGGUCAAGUCCAAGCGAACUCUGACAUCGUCUCGCUUUUCACCAAUGGCGGUGCCUACAUCCAGGAGGCAAGCGCAACACUUGUUCUCCCCAAGCUCCCCAGCUCCGUGUCUGGAGAUGUGGCCAUCUGGAGCGCCAUUAUGAUGGAGAACCAGGCGUCCUUCCUCCAGGGCGUUACAUCGAACUCGCCUAGUGGAUCCUACUGCGGUGACGGUGGAAAGAAUUGGUGCAACUUUGCGUAUACCUUGGUUGGCAGCACACCCACUGUUGGCAAGCCCGUGACCGCCUCUGCUGGAUCCACGGUGAGAACACACUACAAGUUGAACUCUUCGACUCAACUGUGGGAUCAAAAUGUCUACGUUGACGGAAAGCUCGUUUCUUCCGUGUCUACCAGCAAGGGACAACGAGGCGAGAUCUUCUACAUCUCCAUUGAGUGCGCCUCCGGCAACUGCGCCGCCACCCCAGCCCACAGCUGGAAGGACGUUUCCAUUGUCCUCAACAAGGCUGACCAAAGCUUCGGACACUCCGGAGGAUGGGAACAUGGUGCUACCGGCGGCGCAAUGUCGUCCCCGGAUGGUGGAAAGACCUGGAAAUUCGCCACCCUUAGCAUUCCUGCCCAGAAGGCUCAGUAG